GCGAGUUGGAGCGGUCGCACCUCUGGCGUCAUCUUUAAUCGACGCUGAUAUUUUUCGUGUUGCACUGUUAGCGAGCAGCUAGCUAGCUCACCUGUUUGUUUUCUGGUCUAAAAAUGGCACCAACGAAGAAGGUGAAGAAAGUGGUGAAUCAGGAGGAGCUGCGGCGCUUGAUGCGGCAGAAACAGAGACAGACGACGGAUAAGAAGCGCGUCGAGUCUCCGUUCGCUAAGUACAACAGCCUGGAGCACCUCAGCUGCGUGCUGUGCGGGGUGCAGGUGAAGUCCGAUCUGCUGUGGCCGGCUCAUGUCCUCGGGAAGCAGCAUAAAGAGAAGGUGGCUGAGCUGAAGGUGGCGAAGAGUCAACCAAUGCCUCCACCGAGCCAGCCGGUGAAGAGGAAAGCGACGCACAGCGAGGACGUCAAAGGGAAAAAGGCGAAAGCAGCGCAGGCAGUGGGGCAGUCUGAGUCCGGGCUGCCGGGGGAUUUCUUUGAGCGACCCGGAGAGAAGGCAGCUGGUUCUGUUCCUAAGUCUGCAGGUUCUGUUCCUAAGUCUGCAGGUUUGAGUCUCUUGGCUGGAGUCUACGGUGAUGAUGAAGAUGGUGAUGAAGCGGAUGCUGGAGAGGGAAGUCAAGCAGGAACCUCAAAGCCUGCUGCCCCGAAGGCUGAAGCUGCAGGGCUGCCAUCUGACUUCUUUGACAGCUCCAUCCCAUCCACACCCUCCAUCUCCCACUCUGGAUCCAUCCACAAAGCAGAAGUGGCGGAGAAGAGCGCAAUCAAGAAGGACUCAAACAAGGAGAUGGCCGAGGCGCUGCCCGAGGGCUUCUUCGACGACCCGGUGCGAGAUGCCAAAGUGCGCAAAGUGGAUGCGCCCCAAGAUCAUUUGGACAAGGAGUGGGACGAGUUUCAGAAGGAGAUGAGACAGGUGAACACCAAGUCAGAGGCCAUCGUAGCUGAGGAUGACGAGGAGGGACGCCUCGAGCGUCAGAUCGACGAAAUCGAUGAACAGAUUCAGUGUUACAAGAGGGUCGAGCUGCUGAGGGACAAGCGCGAUGUCGCGAAAAAUCAACCUCUGUCCAGGAGUGAUGAACAAAUGGAGACCGAUGACAUGAGUGUGGAGGAAGAGGAUGACGAAGAGGAGUUGCUGGGGCUAUUGUCCGGAGACUGGAGGGCUAAGGGGGCACUGGCAUAAAGUUCUGUGAAACGUUUUCUCUAAAAUGUUUUCAAAGUAUUUGAGGUAUUUUUUUGUACAUGCUCUAAAUCUGUAAAUAAGUUUGUUAAUGGAUACUCAUGUCGUCCUUUUUUGUGUAUAUUUUCAAACUGGGUUUAAUAAUUGUUCUGGCUAAACAUGCACCUCCACAAGUUAAGGCUUCUCACUUAGUGGCUCAAAAGCACGAGACACAAAUCUUUUAACUUUGUGUUUAUUAACUGAUGCUCACACGGGAAAAAAAACACACAUUCAUAAAAUCUCUCAUGUCAGUAGCAGCAUGAAUCCCAAAUCUAAGUCACGAUGGCCAAAGCUACUUAACAUGUUCAGCUCAACUAACCAUUGUCCUGCAAAAACAAGUUGUUGAUUAUGUUGGGUUUAAAUGAUCUGUUCAUGUGACGUUAUAAGCAACAUGCAAAGCACAACAGAAUUAUUUUCUUUAAAUAUACAAUGUUGAGGCCGCUGCAGAAUUUUUUCCUACCCAACCCCUUUCAAAAGAUAAUUGGCAGAGGAUACGUUUGCACCAUUUUUACAUGAGUACAAUGUUUGAUUCCAACAAACUUGUCAUGUAAAUGAUGCACCUAUUAUUAGGUCCAUAAAAAUUGAUUAAAUGAAUCAAGUAAAGAGUGAUACUCAGUGCUUCUUAUACUACCUGUUACACAUAGGGGGUUAGCUGUGUCGUCUGUCUACUGCAAUUUCUAUCCAGCAGCAUCAACGUCUUUUGUUAUUGCUACAUAUGCCUCGUGAGUCACCAGUUCAACAUUCUUUCCAGGUGACUCGAAGUGUUCAUAGCCCUUCACAUCUUUAAAGAACUGAAAACUGCAACAACAAGCACAAACAAAUAAACAGCUACAAUUGGACUAAACACACAAUCACAACUAACUGAGGAUAAAUGAGAUAAAGACUCAACAGAAAGAAGAAAUCUGAAAACUUGGAUUCAGCUUAGAAAAGAGUAUACAAAAACCUUUACCGUGAUACUGGACUGGGUUUCAGAUAAGUUAGGAAAUUGUCUAAAAACAAAACCCACCC